AUGAAUGAAUCAGAGUUUAAAAAAUACAAGAGAAAUUUGAAAGUUAGAGAAAAAAGCUCAUCAAAAUCUUUAUGGUUAGUUAUUUAUAUUUGCUUCAUCUACCUACUCUUUGGGUCGUUUAAUAUGUGUGGCAAAAUUUUCUUAACAUGUGCAUACAUCUAUUCAUUUUCAGAAAGCAUUUCCAAUUUGGAUUAUACCUCAUUAAAUUUAGUUAAUUUUUAGUAAUCUUUUUAUGUAGAAUAUUGCUAGAUGGUUUCUAUUUCAAUUGGUAGGACCUUUAAGCCUUACAUUCAUACCUAAUUUAAUUGGCAAAAUGAAAUUCAGAUAUAUUUUAGUGGCUGCCUCACUUGGUCCCAUUAUAUUCUUGACACCAGCACCCUAUGCUUGUUUGUGUAAGGAUUCUUCAUCACCAGGUUGUGAUAAGGCCAUAAUAUAUUUAUGUGCAAUUUUAGUAUCUAUCAUUGCUGGUUUGAUGCAAUCAAUAUUACUAUUUACCAUGCUAUUUUACUUAUCCAACCUAUCAAAAAGUCAAGAAAAAGUGAUUUAUUAUGGUUCAUUUUUUUUCAUGUAAUAUACAAAUUUUAAUUAGUCAUUCCUUGUAAUGGUUGCUUGGAAGUUUGAUAGGUGAAGUAUUCCUUACAUAUGAUAUGAAUUAAGACAACUCCAUUUCCAAAGUUUUUGGUUUACUUAUUCUAUUACAAUUUGUUGUGAGUCUCCUUUAUUUGUCCAUACCCGAAAAAUCUGAUGGUCGUUAUGAUAAAUUUCAUAGAACAAUAUUUGAAUAUUUCAAUACCAAAAGUCAAAAGCAGUCAAAAUUGGAAUUAACUGGUGGUAUUAGAGAAUUACUCCUAAAAUCAACUUAUAUUAACAGUGAUAAUGAUGAUGAAAGUGAUACAUUUAAAAAUGCAGAGGAAACUUCAAGAUCCCAAUCAAAAUCUGCGGUUGAUCUGCAUUUAUUCAAAUCUUAAAUGUUUUAAAAUUCUAAUACCAAAUCUAUUAUGACAUUGCAGUGCUUCUCCAUAGAAGAACAAAGCUUAGUAGAACUCUUAGAAUCAACAAAUCAAUAGACAAAGAAUUCCAUAUCAAUUGAAGAAUAUUAAAAUCGCAAUUACUUUUAGAACAUUUAUUUAACCUUUGAGAAACUGUAUCAAGAAGGAUUUUUAUCAGUUCUGGUUUUGCUAUGUUUUAUUGCCUGCAUUUAAUCAUUUUUGUUUAUCUAUUUUUUUCCAUUUUUUGCUUAUCCAGGAAUUAAGAAAUUAACAUUCCAAGCCGGAUUGGUACUAUAGGGAUAUUUGUAUGUAGGAGUUGGUGAAUUAUUUGGUUCAUUUGGAAUCGGUUGGCUUGGAGAUUCCAAAGAUAAAAUUAAGUACCCAUUAUUAAUAAUAUAUAAGCGCCCUUAUAUACAUUCUCUACAUAUUCUAAUUUGGUUGUUUUGUGGCUUGGACAUCAUAUUACUUUUAGUAUGAGAUUCUAGUAUUGGUAUUCUCAUGUGCAACUGGAUUUUGCGAUUCAGCAAUGACUUCGAGUGUGAUAUCUGUAUUAACUUUGAGAUUUCCUAAAGUAUUUUAUUCAUAAAUCUUAGCUCAUCUACCUAGUAGACUUAAUGUACUUUAUUUACUCUAUUUCAUUUGCUGCUUUAGCUUUAAUUUUUAUAACUUGUAAUUUUAAUAACAACACAUUUAUAUCGUUAAUUUUAUUACAGGUUUUUGGAUUGGUCAGCCUAUUUUCUGUUUACAAAAUCAAUAAUCUUAUAGAAAACAAAUAAAUUGUAGUUCUUUCAUGA